GUACGUGGAGCCGUGGAGGUCUCGUUGUGUGUCUCAAAGCUUCCUCAGGACGUUUUUCACAAAAAAAAAAAAAAAAAAACUUCCUCUGGACGUUCCAAGUUACUUGCUCGAAACGGCGGCCUCCCGCUCGCGCAACAGUCCUGGAGUUCCCACUUUUAAAAUCUCUCCACCUCCGCAGCACAAGGCCAAAUUCAAUUCUCCAAGAACUCAUCCCACCUCACUCACUCACUCCCACUGAUUUCCAACUCGAACGCGGUCAUGGCGAACAAGCUUAAAGUCGACGAGCUUCGGGCCGAACUCCUCAAGCGCGGGCUCAGUCCCGCCGGCACGAAACCCUUGCUGGCGCGGAGGCUUGAAUCAGCCUUGGAACAAGAGAGCCAGCAAUCAGGGAAUUCGGCCGCAGUUCGCAGUGAAGGAAAACGAACGAGGGUAUCCGGCGACGAGGAUUGUGAUGGACCUGCGAAAAUCCAAGCCAUCGAGAAGUUCCGGCAGAUGAAUGUCAAGCAAUUGCGCGAUGAAGCGAAGCUCCGUGGCUUGUCCACGGAGGGUACUAAGAAAGAACUUCUGGAGAGGCUUUCGGAAGGUUUAGCAGACGGGAGCGAUCCUGUGGAUGCUCUUGAAGGUAGAGAAGAAGUGAUUGGCCAGGAGAAAAUUGUGACUGCAACUAAGAAAGGGGCUGCCGUACUCGAUGAGUAUCUCCCGGAUCAGAUCAAGUCACACUUUCACGUUCUCCAAUUGGGUGAUGACGUAUAUGAUGCCACAUUGAAUCAGACAAAUGUUGGGAAUAACAACAACAAGUUUUACGUCAUUCAACUCUUAGAGUCUGAUGAUGGUGGAAGAUACAUGGUAUAUAAUAGAUGGGGCAGAGUUGGGAUUAAAGGUCAAGAUAAAGUAUUUGGGCCCUACACUUCACGAGAGUCUGCCAUUGAUGAGUUUGAACAGAAGUUUUAUGCCAAGACGAAUAACUAUUGGUCUGACCGAAAAGAUUUCCAAUGCCAUCCGAAGUGCUAUACCUGGCUGGAGAUGGAUUACGGGAAACAAGAUAAAGAAGCAGUAGUUAUGGCAACUUCUGCUGGAAAACAGCCUCAGGAAACACGGCUUGACCUACGCAUUGCUAAGUUUAUCUCGCUCAUCUGCAACACUAGCAUGAUGGCACAGCAGAUGAUGGAAAUAGGAUACAAUGCUAAUAAAUUGCCUCUUGGUAAGCUAAGCAAGACAACAAUAUUGAAGGGCUAUGAAGUCUUAAAAAGAAUUGCAGACGUAAUUGUUACAGCUGACAGGUCUACACUGGAGCAAUUAAGCGGGGAAUUUUACACCGUUAUUCCUCAUGAUUUUGGAUUCAAAAAAAUGCGUGAGUUUGUUAUUGAUAAUCCUCAGAAGUUAAAGCGGAAGCUGGAGAUGGUUGAAGCAUUGGGCGAAAUUGAGGUUGCAACUAAGUUGUUGCAGGGUCAAACAGGGAUGGAGGACGAUCCCUUGUAUUCUUGCUACCAGCGUCUGCACUGUGAAUUGACACCUAUCGAAGUUGAUUCCAAGGAGUUCUCUUUGGUCGCAACUUAUAUGAGUAAUACUCAUGCAAAAACACAUUCGCAGUACACAGUUGACAUUGUUCAGAUACUCAAGGUCUCACGAGAGGGUGAUGCAGAGCGUUUCAGAAAGUUCUCCAGCAUGGAAAACAGGAUGCUAUUGUGGCAUGGUUCCCGCCUUACGAACUGGACUGGCAUCCUAUCUCAAGGCUUGCGUAUUGCUCCUCCUGAAGCUCCUGUAACGGGUUAUAUGUUUGGCAAGGGUGUCUAUUUUGCUGAUAUGUUCUCCAAAAGCGCAAAUUAUUGCUACGCAAGUCGCGCAGCUUCAUCUGGUGUCCUACUUCUAUGUGAGGUUGCACUGGGUGAUAUGGUCGAGCUUUCAAAUGCCAAGUAUGAUGCUGAUAAGUUGCCUCCUGGAAAGCUAAGCACGAAGGGUGUGGGUGAAACAGCGCCAGAUCUCUCAGAAGCAAGGGCACUCGAAGAUGGUGUAGUCGUCCCCCUUGGAAAACCGAAAAAGCAAGAAGGGCGAAAGGGUUCUCUCAUGUACAAUGAGUACAUAGUCUACAACGUGGAUCAAAUCAAGAUGCGAUACGUUGUCCAAGUCGAGUUCAAAUACAAGCGCUGAGCAACUUCACUCGACCCGUGAAUGUGAUCUGUAAAGUUUGUAGGUGAGAGAGAUCUCGUCGAGAUACACGAAUGCUAUGCUACCAGCACGGAUUUGGACGGCGAAUGAAUGGAGCAUGAGGGGCUUCAAAUUUUGUGUCCUAAUCCUUGAUCUUGUGUAUAUCAUUGGAUAGUCGUGUAUGUGGUUAAAAGCUGAGAUAUUUUACCAGGAAAAAAAAAUGCAGAAGAAGCUGAGAUAUCCUUAUUGGAUAAUAUAUAAGCUAUCACUAUGUCUGUAAGAAAGUCUGUUAGGAUUUCAGAGCCACAGCGCUACGGAGCUCGAGGGAUUUCGCAUAAUUCAAACUGUUUUAAGACAGAAAUAUCCAAAUUAAACACCUUAAUUCAUAAAUCAUAUAAAUCACAAUAUUACCACUGGUACAGUGGUACUUGUUCAGACACAAAAUUAUUCGAUUAAUAAAUAUAAUCUAAGUCU